CCGUGACUCAGGCCAUCAGUGAUGAGUCCGGAGACGACGAGCUGCAGGAGGACGGUGAAGUGUCGUCUGUCGACUCAGAAGCAGAGGAAUUUUACUUACUCGAUAUCCCAUCAUCACAGUCUGAUGAAGACUGGGAGCCAAUAUCUGCUGAAACAGCAGGGGUCCAACAGCAAGAGGCCAGUACCUCUGGAAAGGAGGAGCCCCAUCCCCCAACUCCAGCCAAAAGUGCAAAGAGGGGAAGGGGGAGAGGAGAAAGAAGAAGCCCAAGCCCCAUUGACCAAGCCAGCACAUCCGGGGAGAGGUGGAAUGAUGAGGACGUUCCUGACAUAGAGCCACCACAGAUAAUCUUUUGUCCUAACCGCACCCCAGGACCCCAGCUCAUCAUGACAGAAAAUUACACACCUGUCCAACUUUUCCAGCUCUUUUUCAGUAACGAUGUUUUGCUUACAAUUGUGAAAAACACAAAUGAACAUGGCUCUGCGCAUUACUCCACGCCCUCAAAGCCAUGGAAAAACAUUGACUUACGGGAUAUGUUUUGCUUCAUGUCAAUGUUGAUUUACAUGGGUGUGUUGAAGUGCUCAUCCUAUACAGAUUACUGGCGGAGAGGUGAUCUGUACAGUUUACAAUUUCCGAAAAGACUCAUGACAGGACGGAAGUUCCUGAGAAUGAUCUGGGCGCUCCAUCUCAGCAGUGCGGCAAUGGAUGCUGAGAAUGAGGGGAGAAGAGGCACUGCAGCCUUUGAUCGUCUCGGAAAAAUAAAGCCCCUAUAUGAUGACAUGAGGGAGGCCUGCAAGAGAAACUAUCAUCCAAACCAGGAGAUUUCCAUUGAUGAGAGGAUGGUUGCUUCAAAAGCGAGGAUUGGACUGAAACAGUACAUGAAGAGCAAGCCUGUGCGAUGGAGCUACAAACUUUUUGUCUUGGCAGACUCCAAGGCUGGAUAUACCUGGGACUUCUUUGUCUAUGAGGGAAAGUCAACAGUUAACACAGGGAAAGGAAUCAGUUAUGAGUCGGUAAUGGAGCUGCUAAAGCCCCAGUUGCUGGGCACAGGCUACAAGCUCUUCGUGGACAACUUCUACACCAGUACCACACUCUUUCAAGACCUGCUAAAGAUGAAGGUCUGGGCAUGCGGCACCAUUCGGACAAAUCUCAUCGGGUUUCCCAGAACCACAGAGAACAGCCUGGAUUCCAAGUCUCCCCGUGGCAGUGUGAGAUGGAUCAGGAAGGACUCCCUCCUCUUUGUUCAGUGGAGAGACACUAGGGAUGUCUCCCUCUGCUCGACAUUCCACCGAGCACACACAGGGGAGACUAUCAAACGGCGAGUCCGGAGUGCAGAUGGGCAGUGGGAAGUGAAAGACAUCACCCUUCCGCCAGUGGUCAAAGACUACAACCAGCACAUGGGUGGAGUGGACCUGUCGGAUGCCCUCAUACAGUUCUACAAGGUCCUCCACAAAACCAGGAAAUGGUACAAGACAUUCUUUUAUCAUUUUCUGGACAUUGCCAUCGUGAAUGCCUUUCUCCUCCACAAGGAGCUCGCCAUGGCUAAAGGACAGGUGCCGAUGAAGCAAAAGGCAUUUAGGGAGACCCUUGCAGAGGACCUGGCAAUGAUGGGUUCUGCUCCUGCUCCUGCUCCUGCUCAUCACAGGUUGAUGUAUAUUAGUGGGAACAGCACUGCCGGCCGGCUAAAGUGCAGAAACUGCCACAAGAAGACACCCGUGAAGUGUGUCACCUGUGAUGUUUCACUUUGCUUCCUGCCUGGACGGAAUUGCUACAAUGACUGGCAUGUUGCCAACAAUUUUUGGAAUUAGUUUCACGUUGACAUUUGUAAAUAGGUUGUGUUUUAUUGUAAAUGGUGUUUUGUUGUAGUUUAUUAGCAUGUUAUUAUAUUUGAUAUUGUUAUUUUUAGUAUUUGUCAUUGAUAACUGUAAAUACUAUCCUGUUUGACUUAUAAAAACAAUUUAUCACAUCUA